CAUCUUUGCUGCUGUUUUCCGAAGUUCUAGUGGACGGUGUUAUUGGUGGAUGCAGUUUGCAAUUAUAAUUGUCUGGGGUGGAAAUGUUGUGGCGUAGCAAUUGAAGAAGAAAAAACCUGGUGCUUCGGAAAGUGGGUGCAUAAAAGAGGAGCUGAUUUCGCAUUUGAUUGGGGAAAGAAAGAAGGUCAGCUGAAAAGAGGAAGAAAACGACGGUGAGGGGAAGGUCGGAAAGAAGAAAACAAACAGAGGAAAAAGAGAAACAGUUCGCUUACAAGGCGAUCAUAAAAGGAACGGGAGUGGAGUGAAGCUGAAACACGUAAAAAAGGCAAUAGCAGCGAACGUCAGUGACGUUGCUUUGAAGCUCUGGGGGUGGGGGACUCAGAGAUUCCGUGUGAUUGGUGGCACAGGAAGCAAAGGGAGCAAUGAAAAAGUUUAUCUCCAAGUUCGAGAACAAGAAUGAGGCAACUCCAAGCAAGGAAACGAAUAGUUUCGUGGGGAAGACAUUUAAACUAAGCCGAGACAAUGUCGUUACGGUGGAGGAAGUGCUGGCGGAGGGUGGAUUUGCGUUGGUGUUUCUAGUCAAGGGCCACAACGGCCAAAGGUAUGCACUGAAGCGGUUGUACGUAAACAACGAACAUGACUUGGGAGUUUGCAGCCGGGAGAUAAAGAUUGCCAGCAAUCUCAGCGGGCAUAAGAACAUAAUCGGUUACAUAGACCAUAGUAUAAACCCAAAAGGAAAUGGAGUCCACGAGAUACUGUUGCUGAUGCCUUACUGCAAGACGAAUUUGCUAACGCUUAUGAAUGCUAGACUACCGAAUGGAUUUAGCGAGCUGGACGUUCUGCAGAUAUUCUGCGAUGUAGCAGAAGCCGUAGCUCGGUUGCAUCAAUGUCAGACUCCGAUUAUCCAUCGUGAUUUGAAGGUGGAGAAUAUUCUGCAGAACGAUAUAGGAAAUUUCGUUUUGUGCGAUUUUGGAUCGGCGACCGCUCGUAUAUUGAAUCCUAAUGCCCACGGGAGGACACUGGUAGAAGAGGAGAUUCAAAAAUACACGACACUCUCCUAUCGGGCUCCGGAAAUGAUUGAUCUCUUCUCGGGGCAAGAUAUUACGGUAAAAGCAGAUAUAUGGGCACUUGGGUGCCUUCUUUACAAGCUGUGCUUUUUUACGCUGCCCUUCGGCGAGAGCGCCCUUGCUAUUCAGAGUGGUCAGUUCAGUAUUCCAGAUAACUCCAAGUAUUCCAAGGAAAUUCAUCAGCUUAUUCGGUACAUGCUGGAACCAGACGUGGAGAAGCGUCCCAACAUUUAUCAGGUGUGCGAGGUUGCAUUUAAAAUUGCAGGAAAAACCAAUCCGGUGCGUAAUCUGACUAAAUCUACGGUUCCCGGAUUGGAAUCGUUGAUGGUUCCUCCAUUCGAAAAUGAAACAAAACGCAUUCCAUCAGCCUUAGGAACGAACUCAACGAAGACAACGAAACAAUCGGCCUCCUCGCUUGAAGGAGGAACCUCCGUCGCACCUCGACAGAGACCUAAAGCCUCCCAAGCGACAGCGAAUAAUAGUUUCUCUCUAGGAUUGCCCCUAAAUCCUUCCCCUAAGAAUAUUCUCUCAUCACCAACUCCCGGUGCAGCUCCAUCGAUUCCUCACGAGCAACCAGCCCCUCCAGCACCACAGGCGGAACCAUUCGUGGCCAAGUUUAGCGCCAACUUUCCUCCUCCGCUAGCACAAGAAGUUCAAAGUAAUAACCUAUUUCAAUCAACCUAUCCAGAUCCGUUCCGAGAAGUUGAUACCCUGCAGGAAGCUGUCCCACACGCCGUACAUCAAGAGUCAUCAGUCUCAACACGUGAUUCUUCGGCUUCUUCGUCCGUUCUUCAGUCACCUAGUCACGCUUCGGUUUCAUCCCAAUCGGGAACUCCACACGGUACCGGAAGUGGUUCCAGUGUGGCCGGAACUCUAGUUCCUCCGAAACAGCCCAUAGUUGGUCAUCGGCGCAACAUGAGCGAUACGUCCGCAUUCAACAAAGCCUAUACCACGGAAACGUCCCAGUUUCUUGCUCCGUACGACGUAUCGUCCAACAACUACCAACCUCCGGCGACUACUUCGGGAAACAAUGGAUCCGAACAAAAUCUCCAUUCCAUUCCGGCCAAUUUUGAAUCACGAUCCUCAAACCCUCAACUGAAUCCAACAACCACAGCUGCAUCCAAACAGCAACCGUGGAAUCCGUUCGGCGACCCAACACCCUUCAGUCAAAUGACAGAAGAUCACAUCUUCGGUGAGGAAUUCGACAAAAUCCGACAGCAGGGUUCUCAAGGCAGCCUUAAAACACCACCGGAAUCUACUUCUCGGCAUCCCUCACUCCCUCAGGUCCUACCCAUAAUGACUCAACCUAUUUCGCAACCUCUUCAAUCUCAAUUCUCUCCGGAAAACAUACCCGAUACUCCGGAGGAAGAUCCUUUCAGUUCGGCCCCCUUUUCUUUACCCGUACGAGAUAAGACACGAUCUCUCAAGCUCGGUUCCAAAAAAGUCAUCGUCAUCGAUGGUGGUUUUUCCACUCAACUGGCCACCCACAUUGGCCAAGCUAUCGACAAAGACCCCCUGUGGAGUUCCCGCUUCAACGCCACAAACCGCAAUGCCGUCAUUGCCACCCAUCUGGAUUUCCUACGGGCCGGGGCCGAUUGCAUUCUGACCAACACCUACCAGGCUUCUAUUGAGGGCUUUAUGGACUUUCUCGAUCUCAGCGAAGAGGACAGUCUCAAACUGAUCAAAUCCACUGUGGAGCUGGCCAAACUGGCUCGUUCCCAAUACCUCGAGGAGAAGCGUGAAAACAAAUCCCACAAAAUCCCGUGGGUAGUGGGUUCAAUCGGCCCCUACGGAGCUCAUCUUCACGAUGGAUCCGAAUAUACUGGCAGCUACGCGGACAGUGUCCCAUUCGCUCGGAUCCAAAAUUGGCACCGCCAGCGUAUCAAUGCGGUGAUUGAAGCAGGAUGCGAUGCCCUGGCCAUCGAAACCAUCCCAUGUAGGAUGGAGGCAGAUGCCCUGCUGGAACUGAUGACGGCCGAGCAUCCGACGGUGCGGUUCUGGAUAUCGUUCCAGUGUAAGGAUGGAUCCAAUUUGGCACAUGGAGAAAACUUCGCCGAAACUGCCAUCGGUAUAUGGACCAAGGCAAGGGCUUUGAAGAACCCUAAUCUCCUGGCGGUGGGAGUGAAUUGCGUGCAUCCACAGUUCGCAAUUCAACUGCUGCAAGCAGUUAACGAUCGAAGACCCGAGGACGACAAGCUGCCGUUGAUUGUGUAUCCGAAUUCGGGUGAGAUUUGGAGCGCCGAUUCGUGGACGGGACAGGAAGAUUGUAUCCCCUUAGAGACGUACGUUCCGCAGUGGAUCGAUUUGGGUGCGAGGUUCGUCGGGGGAUGCUGUCGGACUAAUGCGCGGGAUAUCAAACGGAUCAAGAAAACGGUAAUAAACCUGUACGGUGGUGGCCGGAGUGCAUAGGAGCAGGAGAACGAUGACACCGAGGAAGCUGCUGGAAAGCUGUGAUCGUGUGUUCGUCUGUUUUCUUGUUGAAGCGCCACUGUAUUCACGACCGACAAUAUCGCAAACCAUGAGCAUCAAAACUGCUGCAGCCAGGCUGAGGCAAUGUCAAUAUUAAUCGAAAACGAGGGUAACAAGCCACAACUCAUCAACUCAAGUAUGGCAGUAGGUACCUACUAUUAAAGAUCAAGAUCGUCAAGCGAAAAAAAAAGUCAUGCUACUUUAAUUGACCACUACACACCUGUUCACAGCAAAUGGAUUGUAAGCGGCAUUUCCACUAUUUGCCACUAUCACAUGAGCAGAUUUGAGCAGAUUGUAGUUAAAGAGGAACACAUUUAAGGCCCCGAUGCAAUCGGUCCGGUUGUGAUAAGUUCCGUCAAAUUUGACAGAAAAGGCAUAGAUUGUGUCCGGGCAGUUAGUGUAGAGAGCAUCCCAAGAAGGAGCAUGCUCUCAAGUCACCUUGGCAUUAACAUUUACAUGUUUUUGCGAUUUUCAUACAAACAACCCAUGUUUAAGGACUCACGUCUUAGUCUUUUUUUUUUAAUUUUGAGGAUAUUUGUAAAUUUUACUGGGACGUUGACAUCAAAAUUGUAGAAAUUUGCGAAUGUUAUCGCCAAUACUGUGUGUUGAUACGGAAAGCCUAUCUUGUUAAGGUUGGACUCACAUUGUCAUCCGUAAAAAAACGGGUGAUAAACAAUGAUAGUCGAACCUUAUGCUACGAGUGUGUGAUUGUAGAUUAACAUAUUUUUUCAUAAGAAUGAUAGAUGCUACCGUAAACAUGUAGUGUACAUAUGCAUAUUAUAUUAUAAAUUCCAGAACCAGAAGCAAACCAUAUAUUUACACAUAUUUAGACAUUUGUUGUUCCUGUUUUAUGCCACUGUCUCUCUCUCUCUCUGUAUCAACUGUUAGCGAACAAAUUGAAAAUAAAAUGGUUCAGUUCGACUAAAAUCCGAUGCGAAGUUUUGGCUGGGCAAGUGUAACUUCGCAUCGGGUCUCACUCGUGACUCCGGAUUGCAUCACUGUCAGCACAACGCAAAGAAAGGCUAUAGCCAUUAUUGAAUUGGAUUUCACGACGUGUCUUUCUUGAGUGUUACUCUAUGGCUCUAUUAAGUUGGAUGGAGCUUUACUUCUGGUCACUGGACCAAUUUGGUAUUACUUCUGUAAUACCAAAUUGGACCAGUGACCUGAAGUGAUGCUCGACUCGAUUUACAUAAUAGGGCCCUAUGUAGAUAAUUCCGACAACCAUAUAAAAACGUCGGAAUAAGCAAGUCUCUCUGUCCUAAAAACGAAUGUACCAAUUUAAUGUUUGAAUUUUCAGUUCAUUGGCAAACCUAGUAGGUACUGCUCGCUUAUCUUCUUCAAACAGUGUCGCCCGUUAGACAUCGAUUGAGAAAUUGUGCAAUCAUUUUCCAUCCUGAUAGUGCAAAUCUGUCUUUAUUGUCCCUAUCAUAAUCCACCUGUUUCAAUGUCCUCGCACCCAUUAUCUUUUCGUCUUUUCCUUAUCUAGUGUUUUUUUUUACCUUGGAGAGCAGUGUAUUUUCAAUAUUUCCGAUUCGGAGAAGCCAGGCCUGUGCUCGCAUGCUUUAGGAGGUUUGAAUUUAGUGGCAAAAUCAUUACGUUACUAUAGUCUUAUGCGGCUUAUUAUUGGGGCGCAAUUGUUUUGUUAAUUGCAUUUGUUUCAUUUGGCUUUUAGGUUAUGUAAUUGUACAUAUAUUUGUAAUUUAUCAAAGAAUUCGAUUAUCAUUUCUUCGACUAUUAGUAUCACAGAGUGAUCAAUAUAAUAGAAGUAAACUAAACAACAAAAGAGAUAUUUAUACACAAUAACCACACAAAUCUAUAUGUCGUUGCUGCUUGAAGGCAGAGAAUGCAGAUUCAAUUAUCACACGAGAAACUGAUCAAAAUGAACAUUUACGCAAAUGCGUGAUCAAUAUUGAAAUUUGUUGGUGAAGAAAACUGAAUCAAGCUCAACACAGAGAUAACAACAAAAAUCGAAGAUAACGGACGAACAAUUGGAAGCGUCUAUUAAUAGGAAUCGCGGCAAAUCAAUUCAAUACCAGUAAUAAUAAACAACCCGAGCAACGUUAAGGCUUUACAACAACAACAACAAAACAACAUUUUUAACUCGAAAGUGAGAUCUCAAGAUAUUCUGAACUUCUCUACCUACACAAAUUAUCAAACCAAAAAAUUAAAUAAAAUAACGAUUGGCUAACCCCACUUUUAAUUGAUCCAUUUAAAAACGAAAAAGUAAAUUAUCCUAUUGCUAAAAUUAUUGCAAAGCAUAAAAUCUUAGUCUCAGCCUAAUAUUACGAUGAAUCCCUUAUUGAAAACAAAAACAAGCAGUUUCUUGUACCAGUUGAUUAGAAUCAAAAACAAUACCUAUAGACACACAAAUCCGUACAGAAAAAGAAAGUACGAUUUACCUACUAUACCUAUUAGAUUAUCUUGCUAUAUUUUCGAAUAUCGAGCCCCGGGAAGAUUCGGAACGUCACUGAAAAGUCGAAGAAAAAUGUACCAAAAAAUGGAAAAUGGGAGCAUGUACCACACGCAAAAAAAAAACUAACAAACAACAAUUACACUUACAUUACACAAACAAAAAAAAAACAACAACUGAA